AGUAAUCAGAUCUGUGGGUGGUUCUUCCUCUUCUCCGCCGGCUGUUGCUUCUGUCAUAGUUUAACAAAAACACGGACGCUGUAAUAAAGGAUCAAAUUUGAUGCCAUCAAAUUUAUUUACGCCAUCUUGACGCGCAAACUUGUUAAUUAAUAGUUUUAUACUGGACGAAUAAAGAUGGACUUUAACGUGAAGAGAUUUGCAGCGGACGCUGGUACUUUAUUCAGUCGGGCGGUGCAAUUCACAGAAGAAAAAUUCGGUCAGGCUGAGAAGACAGAACUGGACGCACAUUUGGAGACCCUCCUCACGAGAGCUGAAUGCACUAAACACUGGACAGAGAAGAUUUUAAAGCAAACAGAAGUGCUACUGCAGCCAAACCCAAAUGCCAGAAUAGAAGAACUAUUGUAUGAAAAACUCGACAAGAAGGCCCCACCACGGAUGAACAACCAUGAGCUUAUGGGUCAGUCUAUGAUCGACUCUGGGAAUGAAUUUGGGCCUGGAACAGCCUAUGGAAAUGCUCUGAUAAAGUGUGGCGAGACAGAAAAGCAGAUUGGAGGAGCGGAGCGAGAGUUCAUUCAGACCUCUGCCAUUAAUUUUCUCACGCCUUUCCGCAACUUUCUAGAAGGAGACUUCAAGACUAUAUUGAAAGAGCGCAAACUGCUUCAGAACAAACGAUUGGACCUUGAUGCGGCAAAGACCAAGCUAAAGAAAGCAAAAAUGGCUGAUGCCAGAGCUGUGGCCGAGCAGGAUCUGAAGAUGACGCAGAGUGAGUUCGACAGACAGGCGGAAAUCACCAGGCUUCUUCUGGAAGGAAUCAGCAGUACACAUGCACAUCAUCUCCGAUGUCUUAAUGACUUUGUGGAGGCUCAGAUGACAUAUUACGCCCAGUGUUACCAGUACAUGGUCGACCUCCAAAAGCAGUUGGGAAACUUUCCUUCUGCUUUCACUUCCAACAAUAACCAGUCCACGGCCAGCGGUGGAGCCGGUGUUUCUGUACCAAUCCUGCCACUAUCAACUCCUCUUCCCUCCACCACAAGCAACACGUCCUCAGGUUUCACCGAAAUGCAGAACUUCAGCGGGAGCCGUAAAGCGCGAGUGCUGUACGAUUACGAUGCUGCCGGUAGCAAUGAACUCUCUUUAUUGGCCGAUGAGGUGAUCAUGGUGAGCAGCGUUCCAGGCAUGGACUCUGAUUGGCUGAUGGGGGAACGUGGAAGUCAGAAGGGAAAAGUGCCUAUUACCUAUUUGGAGCUGUUAAAUUAAGAGGAAUUGAGAGUUGUUGGAACCAAAACGGAGAGGUAUGGUGAAAUCCAGCUGUGCUGCGUAACAUAUGCAGCGUUUGACGUCUUGUGCUGCUCAUAUGCAACAGUAUUUCAUUGGACGUGACGUCUUAAAGUCCCAGUUUGGGAAGAGGUUCUAACUCAAGGACUGUUUACAAAUGAAUUAAUGCAGAAUAUUUAAAACAAACAAACAAACAAACAAACAAACAAACAAACAAACAAACAAAAAGCCUUUGAUGUGAUUACCGCCAACAUGCCUCCAUAUUAAUAUACAAAACUACAAAAGUGACUUAUUUGAGUAUCUACAUGCGUUUACAAGAGUAAAGUAUUAAGACUGAUUGCCAUUUUAAUGGAUUUUAAAAGUGGCUUUCUUGUACAUGAACUCAUUUUAGCAUUUCUAGUACGUUUUAUAAGAUUUCUAUAGAGGUCAAAAUAUGCCAUAAUUUAUUUUCAGGGUUAUUCUGCUUGGGUGUAGCUGACAUUUGUUAUUAUCUGAUGCAGUUUACAUUUUUCUUUAUUGCAUUUGAGCACACAGAAAAUGCUUUAUUUGCACGCAGAUGGCCUUUUUUGUUAUGCAUUAUGAAACCGUGUCCUUUAUAUUUGCAGUGUUAAAAAAAGCACAUGAUCCAGUUAUUCAUUUCAUAAUAAAAACCGCAUCUCUUUACUGAUAAUUGUAUUUUUUUUAUAUACCCAUGUGCCUUACAAUCGUCUUAAGAUUGAUGUUUUUAGAUUUGUUUAAA